AUGUCGACGAUGCUUCCCAGCACUUCAUCGUGCCGAUCUCUUGCACAACGUAUCAGCACCUCUUCUCGACCUCUCUUCCAAGCCCAAUCAUCAUCUCAAAUCACCCACGUGCGCUCCUUGCACAUCACCGCAAGCAAUUCGGGCAAGCACAGACCAGGCUUUGGUAAAAAUGCAAUCAGAAAAGCUAGACAGGAAGUUCGAUUGAACAGAUUACGUCCGGAUGGAUCUUCGCCUGCUAGAGCGUUGCAGGAGGAUACGUCCAGAAUGGGUGCGAGGGGCAAAAAGAAGAGGGAAGAUCCGGCCAGUUUGGAAGAUGCUUUCAAGCUGCUCACUGUGAGUUGUCGUGCCAUGCGCAAUGCGUCUCGUGGCCAGAGGGCAUUCGCCCAGGCAGAUAUCGACAGCGCACUCAGGAGCAUCUGAGCGCCGCCUCUUCACCACGAAGCCGAUUCGAGUUAGACUGAAGCCCGAGUCUUGAUCCUCUUCGCCAUGCAGGCAAUGGAAGUCUCGCGCCCUUUUGCAGCAUUCGAGAUCCACAUUGCGACUUCCAUCUCUCGAGGAGUAGCAAAUGCCCUGCGAGGACGUAUAGCUCUACCCUACACUACGCGUUCCAAGCCUGAAGUGAUUCUAAUCUUUGCAGGCGAAGGCAACGAAGCGGGUGAAGAAGCGCGUCGAAUAGCCUCUUCUUCAUCCAGCGCAGGCUCUUCGUCCAGCGAAAUCAUAGUAGGUGGUCAAGAGAUCAUUCCCGAUGUCGUCUCUGGUAAAAUUGCAGGCUUCACAAAAGUUUUGGCUACGCCGGAUUGUGUCGGAGCGGUAGCAAAGGCUUUGGCAAGGAGUUUGGGUCCGAAAGGUCUGAUGCCGAACGCUAAGAGGGGGACCAUCGUCGAGACGCGGAAAGGCAUGAAAGAGGCAAUUGAAGAGGCGCGAGGCGCUUUGGACUGGAAAGGAGACCGACAAGGUGUGGUCAGGACUUGUGAGUGUCUAUGCAGGCUGAACAUUGGGCUUUUGCCUAAGGGUAGCUGAGGCGAAAAUGACCGCUGACAUCUUGCUGCUCGCCGUCUCUAGCCAUCGCCCGCGUCAGUCAUCCUCUGCCUGCACUGCGUAGCAACAUUUCUUCCUUUCUUGCAGCCGUGAUCGAGAGAGCUUCCUCCGGGCUGGGUUCUCAAGCUGCUUCGAACCAGCAAGGACUGGUCAAGGGAUCCACAGAGCUCGCAAAACGGACGCCCGCUGAGCUAAAGAAGGGUGAGUCAGCACACAAGGGACUCAGACCUUCGCUCGGCCGCUUUGCAACCAGAAGCGCAUUUGUGGCUCGCUACGUGACAAGCCCAAACCACCAAAUCCUCAAUCGCUGACCUACAUAUACCCUUCCCGUUUGGUUCUUGACCGCUGCUCUACAGCUCAAAGCAUCAUUCGUGGUGUUCAUAUCAGCAGCACACAAGGACCGGGCAUCAAGCUGGACCUCAGAGAAGUUUACUAA